CCGUGUCCAACCACCCCCAAAAGAAAAAGAAAAUACACAAAAAACAAGAAAUACACAAGAAACAAGAAGACGGUGGCGCAGCGGAUUACAAAGUGGUCCCUGUCGCAGUGAACGGCAAUUGAACGGCUUCGGCACUGUCCGCCGCACCUGGCUGGGUAGAAGGAGCACCUGGCAAUGGCCGGAGACAUGUCCAUCGGAUGCGCGGCUCUCAAGCGGUCCAGCAAGCAUGUGCCCAGCGGAGAACUGGCAAAGGACAAGGAGAACGGUGGCGGUGGCCUGACUAAGAUUCCUCCGGUGGCACCACAAAAUAUGCGUGGUGGUCUAAGAGUCUACAAGAUCGUCAUCUUGGGUGACGGCGGUGUGGGAAAGUCAGCUGUCACUUUGCAGUUCGUGAGCCACAGUUUCCUCGACUACCACGACCCCACAAUUGAGGACUCGUACCAGCAACAGGCGGUCAUUGACAAUGAAGCGGCAUUGCUGGAUAUACUCGACACCGCCGGCCAGGUAGAGUUCACGGCCAUGCGGGACCAAUACAUGCGAUGCGGCGAAGGUUUCAUUAUUUGUUACUCGGUCACUGACCGCCACAGUUUCCAGGAAGCCUCUGAAUACAGGAAACUUAUAACCCGGGUGCGUCUCUCUGAGGACAUACCACUGGUGUUGAUCGCCAAUAAGGUGGAUCUGGAAUCCCAGCGCCGCGUCACCACCGAGGAGGGAAAGAAUCUGGCCAACCAGUUUGGCUGUCCAUUUUUCGAGACUUCGGCAGCACUGCGGCACUACAUCGACGAAGCGUUCUAUACACUUGUCCGCGAAAUCCGGCGCAAGGAGCUGCAAAAAGCCCUGGGCACAGACUCCAGCUCGGAGAAGAUUCAUACACGCCAUCGCAGUCGCUGGUGGCGUAUUCGCUCUAUUUUUGCAUUGGUGUUUAGGCGUAGGCGGAACCUCAACUAGGUUCGACCAACCUCGAGUGCAAUAUUAGCCACACAAAACACACAAAAGAGUAACUUUUUUGCUGUAUCUAAGAUAGUUGUUAUUGAUGGUCAAUCAGAUAUUUAUUUAUUAUUUGUUAUUACAAAACUAUUUAACUUACUUGUUGGCCAGAAAAUGGGAAUGUGUAGAGCAAAUACGUUUAAGCACUGAUCCAAAAGAUACGUAUUAACCAUGCACGUACAUAUGUUUAUGUAGUAAAUAUAAAUAAUAACGUUGAUUCCUAUUGAACGGACGAUUGGCAGGCGGAUUAAUGGAAAAGCGACGUUUCUAAAAACCCAGCCGUACGACCAAUAAUGCGGGCAAUUGCUGGAAAAACAUUAGCCACGUGGGGAGAAUUUUAAAUUUAUGUAUGGAACGUAUUAUUAAAGGAUACACUUACAAAACACGACACAAAUUUAACUAAUCGAAUAAAUGUUGAAUUUAAUGUAAACUAAUAUUAUAAAUCGAUCGAUCGAUGGAACACUAGUACCAAUAACAAUACCAGAGAGCUUUGUUCAAACCCCCAAUCCAAAAUGAAUUAAUAAUAUAUACAAUAUAUGUAACAGCGACGCGAAAUGUGUGCGUAAUUUAAGCCCAAAGCAGCCGAAUUGCAUUUGUUGUUUAAGUUUGAGACAUGUUUAUUGUUUAUUUUUAAGGACCACCAUGUUUACACCUAAGUUUAUUUAUUAUAGUUUAAAAAUCUGUUAAUUACUUUUACACAUCACGACGUUCUAUAACAAAAAUACUUACCAUGAGUUCCUUGUCAUCAAUGUUAAACUGAAUCAGAGCUAUCAGAACUCAUACACAAAACCGACAUCUUCUGGAAGACCCCUCUGUGGGGGCAGUUGGUCGGGCCUACCGUAAUUAUCCUCCUCCACACACAAACAAUAUUCCGACCAACAGAAUCCAAAACGGCGUAGAACUAUUCCACGCCAUCAUGUAAAUGAAGCGAUGCUUAAAAAGUGACAUGGAGAGAUGUCGAAGGAACUAUAUUUUCAGGUCGUUUUGAAAACGGCAGACUGGUUCUGACAGCGAUGCCAAUAAUGAUUGUAUCACAUAAUCGAAAGAAAUUCAAUGUAACAUUUUGAUUCAUAAUGUUAUGUACAUUUUAAAUGUAAAAAAAAAAAUGGAAUACUAAAGCACAAAAUAAAAAUAAAAACCAACCAAA